AUGUCCGAGAUUCUCGCCUGUCAUCUCUCGCAAACCAGCCAUCCUCGGGACAAGGACCCUUGGCCGUUCGAUUUCGUGAAGCAGAAAUUCAGAAAAUUGUUGACGUCUUCGGAACGUGUAGACCAACUCAUUACUCAAUAUUAUGAUAGCGGUCGUUUUACCGUCAUCCCGCGGCCUUUGAUAGUCGACCCGAUCUCCGCGCUUCUUUGCGAGUUGAGUGCGAGUCAGAAUGCAGAAGCGAUUUUGGAUCAUCAUCUUGAAAAUGCCAGACGAAAUCUACACAAGAGAUUUCCAUCCCUCUCGACUCAUACAACAGUUCCUGACUUCCUUGGAUAUUUCAAUGCUGAAAAUCUUCGACUGGAGUUUGUUGGCCUCAUAUUUGCUCUCGCGGGAGUCGCCGUUUUCUAUAGCCAGCAGAACCUUGCUGCAGAAAUGUACACUGCCAGCAAGGUCUGCGUCGGAAUCUGUGAGGAAUACAAUCAGGUGAAUGAUCUUACCGUUUGGUCGCGGUAUAUGAACUUUAUUUUAGCAUCGAUUCUUUUUGGAGACGCAAGUAAUAUUCUAUACCACCGAGCCAACGAAUUUACGGCCGAAUUAUUCGUCAUGGGUUUCCAUCGGCUCAUAUCCUCGCCACCUGAUGUUCCUUUCUUCAUCCUGGAGACCCGCAAGAGAAUUUUUGCGUCGGCCGUUACUAUGGACAAAAGUCUUUCUACUUUCCUUGACGAUGAAGAGGUCUUGUUUGAGAGCAGGCGACUCGAUGCGGCUUUGCAAGACCUUGACCGGGAUGGGUGGAAGUGUCCUAAUGGAAAAGAUAAGCCCAUCCGGCCAGCCAGUUUGAUUCGACUUCGGUACCAACAAGCUCACCUUCGUGACAAGAUCCUACACCUGUCAUUGGGGAACAGGACGAAGACUUCCUCGGAAAAACUCUCGACUUUGUACGGAGAGUAUCAGGAAGCGUGGUCAAUGGUCCCACCGCAAUACCGCUACAACGAAAGCGUCUGGGAAACGUCGAACCCGCAAUUAUGCGUGGCACUUUUGAUUGUUCAUCUAGACUAUCUUUACAGUGGUUUCUUGAUCGAACGAAUGCUCACUCAAGAUGGUCAAAUGACUAAGACUUGCCUCCUGGCAACAUCAGCGAAGCUGCUUUCGGGCGUACUUGAGUUCGUCCAGCAGCAACAUUGCUAUCCUGAAUUACGCGAGCGGUUUACAUGGAUGUUCCUUUUUUACGGCCUUCCAGGUGCUGGGACCCUUGCCACCGAACUUCAUCAUAGCACUCUUCGCGGACUCCCAUUACAAACCUCUAUACCUUGCGCCAAUAUCAUCCGCGAUUUGAGUGUAUUACUGGCAUGGUUCGAGUGCAAAUGCUUUCCCGAUCGGCCUGACUUUCUCGUCUGUGUUCAGAUUAGCAAAGUCAUUGGUGCUCUUUUGGAUGAUACAUUGAACAAGGGGGGACCUCCAUCUCAGAUGGCAAUUCCACUGGAAAAGCAGCAGCCAAAUCAGGACGCGCCGAGCUUAUCUCAUCCUCGUCCUGAAAGCCACAGCCACCAUGCGAUGGUCCAGCCGCUUCCUGACGCAAUGACAAGUCAAGACUUUCUUAACUGGUUUGACGAUCUGGUGUGGGACGACCCCUCCAUGAACUUUGACUCCAUCGGUUAA